UCCUGUCUUCAUUCAGUCCGGUCCAGGCUGACCGACAGUUAACGGAUCCCAGGGUUGUUAUCAUGGACUGAGGCUGUUUCUCGGCUCUUUUCUCAACAGUUUGCAGUCAGACACGGACACACGGUGUGGGAACAUGUCUCCUCUUCCUCAGCUGCUGAAUAUUCAUCUCACUUUGGAUUUUAUCCUCACGAAAACAGAUUUUUGGGGAAGUUUGAAUCCACUGGCGCUCUUUUGACUUUUUCCUGACGUUUGUGGGAAUGUAACGUUUUGAAUAACUUUCACAGCUUUUAUCUCAUGGAUACAGAGACACUGUUGGAGUAUUUACACACUUUCUGUGAUUUUUUAGGGUAAUUUUUUUAUUUGGAGGUGGAAGUGGACUGUUCUUUCUCGUCCCGGACAAGUUUUCAUCACCCUUAGUUAGCUAGCGGGAAAAAAAGUAUGCUAUUUUCUGCUUAUCUCAAAGGUCCCAGUAGUUUUGUUGUGUUUACGUGAACAAACAACAAUAAUGAUUUCGGAGGAGAGAAGCAGUCACGUAAAUAAACAAGCCCUGAACUUCCCAGUGGGUUUGCUCAUCCGCUCCCCAAAGAGGCGACUGGCCAAACUGGGGAGGAAACCCAGCAAUGGAUCUGUCCAGUCCAAAGACUCGGACACCACCGUCCGCUCCACAGAGAGCGUUGGUGUUCGGCAGCCGGCCAAGAGUAAAAUCCGCCGCCAUAACAACAGGCUUUCAACUGUUUUCAACCACAGCCCUAACAGUGGUCGCCGUGGCCAGGCACUGGGCAGUGGGAGCCUGGCUGGUGACCUCCAGGCUGCAGACGACCCGGCAGAGCUGUCCAGUCAAAUGUCUGUCCCUGGCAUCCUGAAGAUCUUUGGCAGCGACAUCUGUCAGGGGACUAAUUAUAAGAGCGUGCUGGCCACCAUACAGUCCAGUGCAAAGGAACUGGUGAAGGAGGCUUUGGAGAGGUACUGCCUGGAGAAAGAAGACGUCAACGACUAUGUGCUCUGCGAUGUGAUCGGCAAGACGGGCGCAGACAACCAGUGGAAGAGGGAGUGCUUCCGGGUGGUGGGAGACAACGAGAAGCCCCUCAUGCUGCAGUCACUCUGGAAACCCAAGGAAGGCUUCUCCAGGCGGUUUGAAAUCCAAAUGAGAGCGAGCAUCGAAGAGCAAAGCUUAAAGGACAGAGACACAGUUACAGCAGGCAUCAACGCUCAGGCUCGAAAGCUGCAGAAGAGCCGCUCUAGAGUGACCUCGCUGUUUGUGGAUGGCAGCGGGGAGGAUGUGGACGGACUCGGGAUCUGGAGGAGUCUUAGUGAGAUGGACCUGUCAGCGAUGGGGAAGGAGGCCAGCCGGGCCCAGCAGAGCACGCUCAGAGAGGACCCCGAGGCCGAGGCUGACAAGGAGGUGCUGCGGCUCGGCAUGGAGAAGGAGGAGACAGAGAGCAGCGACGACAACACGACCCAGUACUCCAUUCACCCACCCUUCGACUUCCCGUACUUCCUCCUGCUGCAGGGCUACAGCCACAGACAGGAUUUUGUCAUCUACCUGAUGAGUGGGACCACCACCAUCUUCGGCUGCUGCAGGGAGCACUGUAACGGAGAGGAUGAGGAAAGGUUAAAGGUCGACAUCCUUCUCUUUGCUCCUGAUGUGUUGCCUCAACACUGCUGUGUCAGACGCCUGGACUCUAACAACCCAACGUCCACAGGGGAUCACAGAAAGACAUUGACAAUGCUGAAGCCCCUUCACGGUGCUCCCGUGACCAGAAACGGUUUCCUCCUUAAAGAUGAGGUUGAACUGAACCCAGGGGACUUGGUGGGCUUGGGGAAACACUACCUGUUCAUGUUUAAGGAUCCUACCAGCACACCGGGAUCCAUCCAGACCCCUCCUUGGAUGGCCACACUCUGCCCGAACUCUGACACAAAGACAUCAUCCUCUUGUUUAUCAUGUGGCUCCUCUGUCACCAUCAAAAGGUUCCAGAGGAAGUCUUUACCUCCUCGUUGGAGGGACCUGGAGGGCACGGAGGCUUUGGUGAUCUAUGAGCUGGAGCAGGAGGAGAGGGUCCUGCAGGAGGUUUUGGAUAUGUUGGAUCCCAGUGGAAAUGAACCAAAGCUGACGCCUGCUUUCCUGCUGAGCCUCUGUAUUCAGCAUUCAGCCUCCACGUUUGAGCUGACACACUUCAGACAGCUGCUGCUCCGGAUAGCCAGUCAGAUCCAGCUCGUUAUGUGGGAAAAGACAAAGGAGCUUGCAGCAAUUCAGCCAGAAACGAGCUCCAGUGAUGGGCAGCCUGAGCAUUUUCAGCUGCUCAGCAUGGAGGAGCUGAUCCCAGGUCUGCAGCCUCUGGUGCUGUGGAUGGCCAACUCCAUUGAACUGCUGCACUUCAUCCAGCAUGAAGUCCCUCAGCUGCUGCCCUGGAGGCAGGACCAGGAGGACCAAGGACUGUUGGACUCUGAGAUCUCCUCCACUCGGACAGCCUGUGAGGAAGCCAUGACAGUCCUGGAAGAAGUCAUCAUGUUCACCUUCCAGCAGACUGUCUACUAUCUAACAAAGAGCAUGUAUUCAGCGCUGCCUGGCCUGCUGGAUGGGAACCCGUUCUCAGAGAGCGGUCAGCUGCGAGUGCCCGAUGGACUCAACAGCAUCCUGGAAGUGCUGAAGGAGGCGCUGAAGCUUCUUACAGCCUUCCAGGUCCAUCCAGACAUCUCGUUACAACUCUGUGCCUACCUGUUCUUCUUCAUCAACGCAUCGCUGUUCAACACCCUAAUGGAGAGAGGAUCUGUUGCUGGGUUCUACCAGUGGUCCCGAGGUGUUCAGAUCCGGGCCAACCUGGACCUGCUGAUGGACUGGAUCCAGAGCAUCGGUCUGGGCGAUCUGGCCAAUGAGUUCUUCCAGAAGCUCUCUGCUGCUGUCAAUCUGCUGGCCACACCCAAAGAGACCCUCCUGCAGGCGUCCUGGGCGUCUCUCAGGACUGAGUUUGCUGCCCUGAACGCUGCUCAGCUUCACCACAUGCUGAGAGAAUACAGCUCUGGUAAAGCCUGUCCCACUGGAUGGACCCCGUCACCGGAUGAUGCAGAAGACACUGUCAGGACGGCAAACAUCCUGGAGAGUUUCGACAGCCACCCGCCUCUCAUCUUGCCGAGCACCACGUUUCACCUGGAGCUUGGUAAACCCAUCGUGGAGCCCGCUCUGUUUGAACAGCUCGGUCAUCUGCAGGAGUUCAUUCGCCGACUCCCCCGCAGUGAAACCCAAGCCGAGCCCGAUGUAGAGGAACAGGCUCUCAAUGGGACAACCACAGACAGCCAGUCUAUGACCCCACCCUCCGUCAGGGUCUUGCAGGAUCCUGCCCAUCAGGAGGUCUCUGACCUUGUUACCUGCCCGUCCCCUGAGGCAGACCUGGGCUGCACCUCCCCUUCAGAGCCGGCUCAGGCCCGAGGAUCUCACGGUGACCUGAGCAGCUGUGAGGCAGUCCUGACCCAGAAGCUGAAGAACCUGGAGCUGCAGAACACCCUUCCAGGACAGGCCGACAUGGGCUACCACAAGAGCCUGGCGCUGGACCCGUCCUGCCUGCUGACGCCACCCAACACCCCUCAGGGUAUGGAGCUGGCCGAGCUGGAGGCGGAUCUGCAGGAGGGCGCCCGACAGCAAAAGAAAGCCAGUGGAUGUGCUGACAGGAAGACUGACAAUGUAGAAGAAAAAGAAGAAGAAGAAGACAGAGAGGAAGUGUUCACGGUGGAGCUCCACAGAGGACCUCACGGCCUCGGCCUGGCACUCGUGGAUGGAACGAAAACACAGCUGAGAAUGUGCGGCAUUUAUGUGAAGUCAGUGGUUCCCGACUCUCCUGCCGCUCAGUGUCAGAAACUGAAAACAGGCGAUCGCAUCCUGGCUGUUAAUGGCAUCAGUGUGGUCGGUAUGGAGUAUAACGUUGGUCGAGAGCUGAUCCGAUCAUCAGGAGACUCUCUCAGACUGCUGGUGGCCAAGAUCGACUCAAAGGCGAGCAACAAGAGCUUGGCUAUGGCUAAAUGCUGAAGGAAGAGGUGUGUGUGGACAAUCAAGUGCAAUUGGGAAUACUAGAGGACGUUUGGUUUCUCCUUCCUGCUGCAUCCAAAGUCAGUAUUUCUCACAGGAUGAAGGAAAACACAGACUUAUUGUGACAUAGAGCUGUUGUGUUUGCAUUGAGACAAUCAUCCCAAAGCAACUGGACUGACUCGAGACUGUGGGCAUGGUCAAGUUUAUAAAAGCUCAUUUUGCUGUCACAGCUUCUUUCUGGCCUAUAAACAAACUCGACUCCACACUCAUAAACCAUGAGGGUUUGGCGGUGAGGAAAAUAGCUGCCUGUGGCAAUUUGCUGUUGUGAAACAUCUAUUUGAAUGUCUGAGUACACAGUAUUCUGUCUGCGGAGCUUCAUGUAGCUGCUCCAGGAUCAAGAUUCAUGUCUGGCACCAACUGGAACUAUUCUCAAAUUCAUUCUUAAAGUAAGGCUAUAUGAAAAACUGUGAAACAGGAUAUUUUACACUGCAACAAUUCCAUUUCCAGGGAGUGAUAAAAUCAUAUUACUUUGCACAAGUUAAAGAUCUGUCAUCGGGCAUUAGGUUAGUUCAUCUUUUUCCACUACAAAUAUACUUGUUAAGCUUCUUUUUAAACACGUGUGGAGAAAAAUCCUCAACUACAGAAAACCAGCAGAAUUAUCUCAGCUUACCAGGAGAUUUUUGUAUUUCUUGUUUUAGGAAAAACUAAAUUGAGGCUUGAUGUA